GAAAGGCAUGUAGUUAGGGUGCCCGGGGCUGCUUUAAUGUGCUCUAACUCGCAAGUGUAGCUUGAGUCUAUUGGGAAGGCAAGGUUAGUGAAACAUGAGUAUCUCUAUGCCUUAUCUGUUACCAGCGUGAAGAGUUGUGACAAUGAAGGAAAUGUUCCUGUGUCUGUUAGUGGUAAUGACUCGCCUAUGGAGGGAGCCACCCCCAUCUCCAAGCAGUUAUCUGUGAACAGCCAUGUGUGCUGGGACAAGGGAAAGGAAAUACAAAAUUGUCUGUCUGUUAAUAGCAGCAUGCCUGCUGAGGGAAAGUUUGUCUCUAGUCUUUUGUCUGUGGAAUAGACAGAAAGUGCCUCUCAGCUUAUGUUGGUUGUGGAGUUCUCAGUUGUCCCAGAGUUGGUUCUGGACUUAAAUGUCUAUUUCCCUCCUGGGUUUCAGUUGCCUGUGGUCCCAGAAUUGGUUCUGGACAUAACUGAAUCACAGAAAGAAUCUGUUGCUGUUCAGGAUCUUUUAGAGAGGGAAGAUUUGGUAGCUAGUUUUGCAAAGCAGAACAGUCUUAUUUUUGAACCCUCAAGAAUACAAAGCGGAGAAGACAGAAUCUCAUCUCUAGAUCUUUUGAGUAUGUCCUGUAGUACCCUAGUGGGCUCAGGCACAGCUGUUCCUGUGUGGAACCAAGAGUUGAAAGUGGGGAAUAAGCAGAAUUCUGAUUCUGACUUGUUAGUAGGAAUUGAAUUGAAUUAUGUUCCUCUAAAACAGAGUCCAGUCCCUAAGCUGGUGGUGGAUCCAAAAGCAAGCAUGGGGGUAGGGUGGGGGAGGAAGGGAAAUUACAUCUGCCUUGUGCCACACCAGUCCUCUCAGGAAGAAAUAAAAAAGAAUCAUAAUCCUGGGGGUGGGAAAGGGACUGGGAGAGGGUGCUACUCAAUGUCAUCAUGGGGGAAGGAGAGAUGUAGGCUGCUCCCAGCCUCCCCGCUCCUUGAUGCUAUCCUGGUAUUGGGCAUGGGGCAACUGAUCCCCUCCACACACAGUAGGACUAUGGUGGAACAGCAUUGGGGUGGGAGAGAACAGCCCCUCCCCCACAGUGCAGCAAGGAGCCUAGUGCCAUGUGUAUGUCAAGGCAGACACCCCCUGCCAGAACCCCAGAUGGGGGGGAGCAGAGGGGACCCUCACCAUGCCAGAGGACAGCAGACCCAUGGAGGAGAGGCGCAGGAGAUUAAGACAAAGGAGUUGAUGCUAAUCCCUGUGAAAAUGUGUAACAUACCUGCUUUUGGAGAAAAAAAAUUGUACAUUAGGGAUGGUGACAAGACAAUCCCACAAGCAUGUUGCUUUUCAGCUUAUACCUGUAAACAAUCUGGAAACUUGGCACAGCAGCAAAAAGCAUAACAGGCCUACAUUGCUGUGUGGAAGGGGAAUCUGAGGCACACCACCUCAUGGCACUGUGGCUAAAUACCAAGACACCUACACUUUAACAGAUAUUGCUAUCUGCAUUCUGUUAGAAAUGCUACACCCCAGCACAUUUUCAGGCACCUGGGGACCAGGAACCCAGAACUUUGCAAGAACCCCUAUGAACAGCAUUAUAGUGUUUAAUAACAUUGGAUGGAGGUAUGACCACAGCUGAACCA